CUAACAUCUUUCGACAAACCAACAAGAAUAUCGAGCCAAAACACCAACAACCAAUAAACCAAUGUGGUCGACAAGAUUGAGCGCGUUAUAACAACAAUGGCAAUAUCGCUGGACCGCAAGACGGUCGCGAUAUAUGCCGGUGCGAUUGUGCUACGUCUGGUCAUUUUUCUCGCCUUUCCCGAUGUCCCCGAAUUCCUGACCGCGAGAGUGGAGAUAUCGACGCCGAUAUCGAGCUUCCAAAGACUUCAAGAAGGCCUCUUUCUCUAUCAGCACGGCUUGUCACCUUACGAUGGCGGUGUCUUCCACCAAGCACCGCUGUUACUGGUCAUCUUCGAGAUGCUGCCGCCCACGCUGGUCUUCGUCGGGCUGGAUGUCCUGAAUGCAGCAUCCUUACAAGUCAUCGCGGACAAACUACGCAUCCCGACUUCCCGCUUCCACCAACUGGAUGGGUCCCUGAUCGCUGCGGCUUAUCUCUUCAAUCCCUUUACCAUCUUGUCAUGUCUUGGCAGGAGCACCAGCAUCUUUACCAAUGCCGCCAUUAUCCAAGCAGUCUUGAAUGCUCAGUCAGGAAAUGCCAUCCGGGCCAUGUUUGCGCUUGCAAUUGGUACCUAUCUGUCAAUGUAUCCGGCUUUGCUUCUUCCACCCACGCUGCUCAUGAUCCACAAGAGCAAUCAGUCCGCGUCUCUUGCUCCUUCAAUCCUUUCCUAUGCCGCAGGUCUCGCUGCUCUCCUGGUCACGACGCCCGUCUUGACCAGCGGGUUUUCGGACUUCCUGGCCUCGUGCUACGGCGUCCAGAUAACGGUUCCCGACUUAACACCGAAUGUUGGACUGUGGUGGUACUUUUUCAUCGAGAUAUUCGACUCCUUCCGGGAUUUUUUCAUUGGCGUCUUUUGGUUGCACUUGGUAGGAUAUGUAGGAGGCAUGACUCUCCGACUUCAGAGCCAGCCUCUUUUCGUCAUCACCAGUCUGUUGGGCUUGUUUGCCAUUUUCAAACCAUAUCCUAGCAUUGCAGACGUCUCGUUGUAUCUUGGAUUUCUGCCAAUGUACCAACAUGUGCUUCCAUUAACUCGAUACACCUUCAUAGCUGCAUCAGUGCUGCUUUAUUCGACCCUGCUAGGACCUGCAUUCCACCAUUUGUGGAUUUACGCCGGGUCGGGCAAUGCCAACUUUUUCUAUGCCAUCACGCUGGUUUGGAGUUUGGGCUUGACCAUUCUUGUUGGAGACACCUUGUUUGCGGUCAUGCGCGAUGAAUGGGAGAUGGAGAGACCCGAGAUGAAGGGCAAAAGCGUACGCCAGAUAUAAAAAGGGCCCUCAAUGGGAUUGAUUAUCUUUUCACUUGCUUCGAGAGAAUGAUGUGACCCGGUUCUUUGACAGUGCCGUUUCUCAACUUACGUGGAGCGGGAGAGAAAUCGUCUUCUUCAUAACCCAGUCGCGUAUACCAGGUGACAGCUCGACUGUUUGCCCUGAAGACAGUCAACAUGACUUUGGUGAUUCCGAC